AUCCGCAUCUUAAAAUUUUGUUCGGUGAACAUCAGUAGCAUUAGCUUCCUUGUCGCUCUCCGCAAGUCUAUUGUCCACAGAGAGAAGCUCAGUGCUACAGACCAAACCCUAGGAAAGCCUAACUAGGAAAACCUAGGAUUUUAUGAUUACGCUUUCACAAUUCUAGUACUAUCCCAUUCCAUUCCCCCAACCUUCUCCAUUUUCUUAGGGUUUCAUUAUUUGUUUUCCCCUUUUGAUUCGUACUCACCGUAGCCAUGGACGCUCAGAGAGCUCUGCUUGACGAACUCAUGGGCGCAGCUCGUAAUAUGACGGACGAAGAGAGAAAAGGGUUCAAAGAAGUUACUUGGGAUGAUAAGGAGGUUUGCGGUGCGUACAUGGUUCGGUUUUGUCCCCACGAUCUCUUCGUCAAUACUCGGAGCGAUUUAGGACCAUGCCCAAGAAUACACGACCCGAAGUUGAAAGAAAGUUUUGAGAAGUCUCCAAGGCAUGACGUAUUUGUGCCAAAAUUUGAAACUGAGCUAGCUCAGUUUUGUGAGAAAUUGGUUAUGGACUUGGACAGAAGAGUAAGGCGUGGACGGGAACGACUUGCUCAAGAGGUGGAACCUGCACCUGCUCAGCCAUUGUCAUCUGAAAAAGCUGAACAGUUAUCUCAGCUAGAGGAUAAGAUAAAGAACUUGCUGGAACAAGUGGAAUCUCUCGGUGAAGCUGGGAAGGUGGAUGAAGCUGAAGCACUCAUGAGAAAGGUAGACACGCUUAAUACUGAGAAGGCAGCUUUGACUCAGCAGACCCUGCCUGAUAAAGUAUUGCUGCUUGCACAAGAGAAGAAGAUGGCCCUUUGUGAGAUUUGUGGUUCUUUUCUCGUAGCCAAUGAUGCUGUGGAGAGGACUCAAUCCCAUAUCACUGGGAAACAGCAUAUUGGUUAUGGCAUGGUUCGAGAUUUCAUUUCUGAGUACAAGUUGGCUAAGGAAAAGGGAAGGGAAGAAGAAAGGUUAGCAAGGGAGAAAGAAACAGAAGAGCGGAGGAAACAAAGAGAGAAGGAACUUGAUAGUAGAAGGAGAAGUGUUUCAGGUGAUAGAGACAGGCAUCGUGAUCGUGAGCGAGAGAGGGACAGAUAUCGAGAUCGGGACUUGGAUCGUGAAAGGUCUCGAGAUUGGAAUGGUAGAGGUAAUCGAGAUGGAGGAAGAAGUGGGGAAUGGAGAUCCAGAAAUGGAAGAGAUGGAGCUAGGGACAGGAACCGUGAUCGAAGCAGGUCACGCUCCCCUGUUAGGCAUGGACACAGGAGGUCACCUAGAAGUCCAGUUCACCCAUAUUAGUGAAAUUGUAGAUAGAUGUCUGAGCUUUGAUAUUUAAUGAGGUAGAUUUUUAUCCCAAAACUUUUACAAACACGUGCUUUUGGAGCCCUGACUUAUUGUCUUCAUGGGUGAAACUUUUUUGUUUCCUAUCUCACAGCUUUGUAGACUGACACUAUAUCAUCUUCCUUUCAUCAAUAUUGUUAAAAGGAGAAAAAGGUUGAGGUAGGUAUCUCGUUUUAUUUAUUUUUCAACUACAAUUUGUAUUACAAUUUGUUCGGGCUUUGUUUGAAGUAAAUUCCAUUUAGCCCUCUAUAUGCAUUUUCUCUGAAACAAUGUUUUCGGAGUCUACUUUCCGUCCCUUGUUUGUUGGAUAUAUAAUAUAUUCUGUGUCCCAUAUUUUAGACAUCGGACUCAAUUAUGUAUGAAUGAAUACCUUUGACUGUGAGACUGCAGCAGGAGAGAUAAUGGGUUUUUUCAUUUCUUGAGGUAACUUGUAAAUCUCAUCUUUGCUGUCAAUAAUCAUUUAAUUGAAUAUUCAUGGAUUCAAUGCAAGGAAGAAAAAAAAUUAGUUUGUGGCUCUUUCAGUAUUAACCUAUCUGCUGCAAUCGCUUUGGUAAAAUAACUGGUGUGGCAUAGCCAAUUCAGUUCGUGGUUAACUGACAAGGACAAUUUACUCAGGAAUACGAGCUGUGAAAUUGUACUCUAGUGACAAAAUAUAGGUAAAUUUUGGAUUUUUAGACAAUUCAUAUUCCGGAUUGACUGACCCACGUUAGUGCAAGUUAUUAUUUGGCUUUUGUAUUGUGACUUGAGCUGAAAUGUUGGUUCAAAUUUGCACUUGAUGGUGGUACAAUGCCUUAUUUUUUUUGUUUCAGUGUGUGUCUAUGUGCAAAUUGAGGUAUAGAAUCUGUAAAAGUGUGUAUUUUAAAUAAACGGUACAAGGCAGGAAACUAUGAUGAUUAGAUGUGUCCGGUGGCUGACAAAAAUCUGUUAAUCAGGAUGGUUCGUGCAGGGGAAACCACUUCCAUUACAAAGCAGUUUGAUCAACUUUUUGGAAUUUCAGAAACAAAAUACAAAUGAAAUAGGCCUUGGACGAUGUGUAGUGAAUGCUGAACUUUCAUUUGGUAGUUGGUACCCCUUUUGGUCUCUCUUCUUGUAUUUUAGGUACAGUGUAAUAAUUAAUACAAUCGAGGACAUGCUGUUAUUUCGUUGA